CUUUUCUCUAGCCAGGAUGUAGAAUUGAGCUUCCUGGAUUUUGCAGCUUGCAGCUGCUUCCCCUAAGACCCCCCCCUCAUCCCAGCUCCCUGGAAGGGGGCAAGGAUUUGUCUCUAACCGGCCUUCACCGUUCUCAAGCAGGCCGCUUGCAGUCCCCGGCUAGCUACAGGUGCUUGUCAAGAGACUCUCUUGCCAAAAGGGAGAAGAAAGGCUUCAGAGACUUCUAGCAAGAGAGUACCUCUGUGUGCCGACAUGCAGGAGAGCUAUGAAACAGUGAUCUCGCUGGCGGAAGAAAUUGCCAUUAGCUGGCCCCGGAUAACUGCCUUCACGGAGACCCGAGGGCGCAGAGGCUUGGCUCCUGGGCUAGAAAUGGAACCUGAGCAAGGGCAGCUGGCACCUUUGCAGGGGCAAGCAGCAGCGGCAGCAGUGGCAACUACAGCCGGAUCGAGCGAAGAAGGGAUCCUGCCAGACUUCCGGAGGCAGCUCGGGGUAAUCCUGCAGACUGUUGGCAAGGCACAGGUGGAGAAGAUGCUAAGAGAGCUGGUGAAGGAGCAGGAGCAGCAGGGAAGAGUCCGGCAGCGCAAAAGAGUGGCCAGGAGCCUCCGACCUGGAGCAGGUGAUGAAACAGGUGGGCAGAACAACUUGGAGGCCACACGUGCUGGAACAGUGGAAGGACCACCCAUCCUGUCUAGAAAGCCACCUGAGAAUGAGCUGCAAGUGCCCCUCUUAUGUCCAGGGAUGGUGGCAGGACAAAAGCAAUCAAUUUCAGGGAAGCUUUUUCUUGGGGAUGCCAGAGGAUGUAAGAACAGCCUUGUCCAUCAGCAGACCCCUGCAGGAACGAGGUGGGGGGCAGGCCUUGAGCCUAGGGAGAGCAUCGGCUGCAAUCCACUCCACAACAUGAGCCGGGACUCCCAGGAUGCUGGAAGAGUCUGGCCACCUUUUGGCGAAAGAGCCCAGUUCUUCUCAGGGUGGCAAAAAAAACGCUGUACCCAGAGACGGCGGCGCCCACCUGCAGGAGAGAAACCCCACCGCUGUGGGCCAUGCAGGAGAGCCAUUGUUGUCCCACCACCAAGUUCCAGCUCACCUCCAAACUCUGCAUUGGCUCCUCUCCCCAACUCUGCCUCUGCAUCGUCUCCUGUCUUGCCUCUGAACUCUGUAGGGCCUCCAACUGCUCAUUCUCCAGCAGGGAACUCUGCUUCAGCCCAACCCCGAAAACCCCAUGCCUGUGAGGAGUGUGGCAAGCGAUUCCGAAUCCUUGUGAACUUGGAACGGCAUCAGCAACGUCACGCAGUGGAAAAGCCUCACCAGUGCCAUGACUGUGGACGGCGUUUCCGUUGGGGCUGCCACUUGGAGCGCCAUCGGCGGUCACGCCGCUGCGUGGAGUGCGGCGGGGGCCUCGCAACGCCUCCACCACCACCCUCUCCUCCCCCAGAACCUGACCGGCCCUAUUCCUGUGGGGAAUGUGGGAGGCGGUUCACACAGCGGUCGGCGCUCAGUAAGCAUCGGCGGCUGCACUCAGGGGAGCGCCCUUACGGCUGUGGAGAGUGUGGGAAGCGCUUCCUGCAGCGCUCAGACCUCACCAUCCAUGUGCGCUCACACUCUGGGGAGCAGCCCUAUGUCUGCACAGAGUGCGGCCGCCGCUUCAGUGUCAGCUCAAACCUCAGCAAGCAUAGGCGCAUGCACCGUGGGGAGCGCCCUCAUGCCUGUUCUGUCUGCGCCAAGCGCUUCCUGCAGCGCUCAGAGCUCCUUAUCCACCAGCGUGCUCACACUGGGGAGCGCCCCUACCCCUGCACAGCCUGUGGAAAGCGCUUUGCUCGUCGGGCACAUCUCAAACGACACCAGCGCACCCACGGCAGCUUGCCCACCACAACCACUGCCUCUCGUCACCAGAGUGCCCGUCUGCUGGCCACCUCUGCAGCAGACGCUGCCACCCUUCUUGAACGUCAACAGCACGAACAUGAAAGGGUGCCAGAUGCCCCAGAGCCACUCUCCCACACCAACACACAUGGUACAGGGCCACACCCACCAGCAUCUGGGCCCACUGUCUUUUCGGCAGCCCGAAGUCCUGUGGGUGCUGCUUCGUUGGGCCUUCCCUGGGCUGUGACCUCCUCUACCCGCCUUCCCUUCUGUUCCAGUUCUCUUUGAUCUGUUGGUAGCUUUCCUGCAACCCUGCCCUUCAUCAGUCCCUUGUGACCAGUGGGCUUCUCAGCUGAAUCUGAGGCCCAGCUGUGGGUAGAUGCAGUGGGGGGCAGACCAGGUUCUAAGAGAGCAUGGGGGGUAGCUUAUAUUUUGGGACCCAAUCUGUGUUUUCUGGAAAGCCUGGCAGUUUUGUUUUGUUUUCUACUUGAAGCCUCCUGCUGAGCUCUAGGUGGGGCCCCCAUUGUCUGGGUGAGGUUGGAAGUAGAUGGGCAACCAAAGUCCCUGGGUGGGACUUCAGCUACAUUCCCUGGACUUUUGAUUGAGCUCUUUAGCUCCAGACAGUGUGAUCCUGUUGGGCACAGUAUUUAAAGUCUGGGGGAGAGGGAUUAGGUACCCUACCUUUGUGGUUGGGGAGUGGAAGUACCCCAGAUUGACAGCACUAACAAUUGUAAGCAGUCAUCAUUCCUUGUGAGCUACAGUGUGAUCACAGGCAUGCAUUUCACACAGACACACACAAAGUGCCUGUUUUCCUAACAUCACCGAGCACAUGAUCACCUAUCCUCCCCCCACACCCAUAAUUUUGUAAACUUCAUUAGGGCCCCCAACACGCUAACCCUUGGUCUUUUUGGCCAACAAUCUCUUCUUAAUCAGACUGCCUGUUUCCUUUUGUGGGAAGAGAGGUCCAAUGAGGCUUCUCCCAAGUGCUUAGUGCCCACUUCUGGAGACAAAAUGGUUCACUUGGUCAUGCUGUUGAGUUCCUCUCACAGAAACACACUGGUAAAUGCAUAAACUGGGGAUGGGUUGAGCGUGCAGCUUGUAGGAUCCAACACGGUUUGUGCUUCUCUUCUAUCAGUAAACAAGAUUUAUCACAAGGCCCAAAGGCACUGGAAGACCCAGGACCAGAGUGAGAAAAACAAGCUAAAACAAGGAAGGACAGUCACUGAUCCUUCAGAGCAGUUCAGAAGCAGGGAAUGGGGCAGUGAGUUGUGGCAGGAUUUGAAUUGUUUGCUGCUUGCUGGAUUUGGGACAAGGUGGCUGGUGCCUUCAAAAGGGGCUAUAGUGCUUCCUUCACCACCAGCUCCUAAGAAAGCAGACUGACAGAAAAAACAGGAGGAGUCUGGUGGGAAUUGUGGACUAGAACAAUUUGGGGGGUGGGAUUCUGGUUUCUACAACCAUGUGUUUUCCAGCUCUGAUGAGAGUAGUAAGGUUUGCUGCUGAGUAGGGCUGAAAACCCCUUGGCCUGCACCAAGACUGUUCCCAGCUGUAUGGUAGUUUACCAGACCAGUAUUAUUUCUCCAGUUGCUUGUACAUUCCUGGUACCUUUUUAACUGGUGUUUUAUUGCUAGGGGUGGGAUUAGAGGGAUGGGCCAUAAAGGUCUGUGGCUUGGCCUGGGCUGUAGAGUAGGGACAGGAUUAAUAAUACCUGAUUUAGGACUAAUACAGUAGAACUUCGUUUUAUCAAAUCUUAGCAUGGAGUGUCUUUAACCAACACAGAAAAAUGUUGAAUCCAAAACUGUAGAUGUAAAUGAAUCCAGUAGCCUAUUUUGCAACUCCCUCCCCCCAAAGAAGAUAUUUUGCACCUCUCAAGACUUAAAAUGUGAAUUUUGUACAAGUAUUUUGGGUUUGGUAAGGACAGAUCUUCAGAAUGAGUAUUGCUAGGCUCAAGGCCAUUCACCUUCAUUUGACAAGUGUCUAGAUGUGAAGAACUGUCACAUUUUGAAUUUAUGCCAUUUUCUUUUGUCACAGUGCAUUUACAAUUGCAUGUGCAUCUUCAUCCUUUUUCUUGCCUACGUGCAUUUUUAAAACAUGCAUAGGGAAACUGGAGUGGCCCUGAGCACAAUUGCCCAAACUACCCUGGAUCCCAUUGUCUGUGGAAGAGUUUAAGAAGUUAGGCAACAAUCCUAACCCCUUACCUGGGAGUAACCCCAAUGAAUUCAACAGAAGUCUUCUGAGUAAGACAUGGUUAGGGUUGCACUUAGUAUGAUUCAGCAAAAUCCAUUCUGAUUCUGUCCUGACCUUUGAAUGACAAGGGUGAGAAAACAAGGGAAUUGGUUUGACAGACCACUGAUACAUACGUUUUUGAGUGGGGACUGUCAGAUGCAGCAAGAAGGUGGAUGCUGAUCAGCUAGGCCUUGAGGAAGGAGUACCAUUCACAUCAGUAGUCAUGUAGAGAGGGAGAAGUUCAGCAAUAGUUGGAACUGUACGGUAGGGCCCCACUUUACAGUGGUUCGCUAAUACAGUAGUCUCAAUUAGACUAAAGCCCCAGUCAUACGGCGCUUGUUCCGCUCUUAUGGCAGUUUUUGGGCAUCGCGUGCCAUUCAAUGGGUUCUGCUUUACAGCGGUUUUCACUGUACAGUGGGGGUCCAGAACGUAACCCGCUGUAUGAGUGGGGCCCUACUGUAUGUAUGUAUUGGAACUGUGGUUCUAUUAAGGUAUUGGUGUGGGUCAUUCCACCAAUGGUUAGUUCCUUUCAUGGUCCUCUGUAAUAUCAUAUUCACGCAAUGGUUUAUUGCUGCAAGAUCAUUCGCCCGCAGAUCUUGCCAAAAGGUGUUUUGCAUUGUUUGACAAUGCUUUGAAUGACUUGAUAUUCCAGGUCUGCCCAACUUGUGACCACCAAAUUGAAUGCCGCUCACUAGCGACAUGGUGAGAGAACCUGCUUAAAAAAAACACUCUGGGUUGGGUCCAGACUAAGUCAUGCCUUAGGACCCAAUAAGAUCAAUGGGACAAGUUAGUAAUGACUAAGGUGUGUAUUAGAUUGCAACCUCAGUCUAGAUUUAACCCAGUAUUUGCAAUCACAAGCACCAAAAAUAGUUUUGUGAUCUGCUAGCAGAUUUGUUUUUGGCUUGGUGGUCCAUAAGUUACACAGGCCUGCUUUAAAUUAAACUUGGGUUAUGUGAUAUGGAGUAGGUAUUGCUGUUAGCCAAUUAGAAGAGUCUUAUCGCUUGACAGAUAUGGAAUCCCUGCAUCAGUACUUCACUAUCAAUUCUUGAUGGCUCCAUGGCUUCCUUUGCACUCUCUCCGCCUUCCAAGUUAUUAACAAAUGACUAGGCCAUUUCUAGAGGCUGGUUGAGGCAUUACAUUGGUCAGAUUACUCAUGACAUGCACUGAGAUAAACCACCUCAGCAAAUGCAUUCCACAAGAGACACAGAUGCUGAUACCUGAGUAGAUUCUAAUAUCUGACCAGUGAGCCCCAACUAAAAUGCUGGUGAUGGAACCAUUAUUUUCUGAUGGAAAUCUUGGUGUGAGACCUGGUGCAGGAUAUGUUCUGCUCAAAAUAAAAUUCUUGCACCAAGUUAAUCCAAAUUCGGCAAAAAGCUGAAUCAAAUAGUGUAGCCUGUGUAAAUUAUGCAAAUUAGCCUAUAUUUUGUUGAUAAUGAGAAAGGGCAAUGAAACAUUUCCUCCUGGCCACAGGAAUCCUGCUCAGGCUGUUGCUCCCUAGCUUCUGAGAUUUCACCAGGCGUUGUUCAUAUACUUUCAAAUCUAUUAGAAGCUUGCUUUUCAAAACGCAACAAAAAGCUGAGAUUCUCAGGGUGCUGAAUUUUGUGACCAGUGCUGUUUGCUACACGUGUGUGGUGCUGUUACAGACUACAGACAGGUCUGGCUUUAUUCCCCUGGGUUGGAAAAAUGCCCUAGUUUAGAUUAAUGGUCCAACAUAUAAUUCCAGAAGAAUAGAAAAGUACAAGCAGGGGCUGGGAUGGUGGUUUUCUUUAUUAAGAGAUACCAAAGCCAAAUGCAUGAAUACCCCCACUCUACUUUCAAGCUCAAGGGGGAUUUCCACAGGAGAAAUUUGGUGAAACCCAAACAACUAUUGAGUGGAUCAUGGAGUUACUGGGUGGGUGGGUUGCCUUGCUGAGGCAGAGGAUUCCAAAGGCUUCAGCUUCUGUUUUGGCAGCAGCAGCAGCAGCACCUGCUGCUGCUGGAAUGAAUGAGCAAGGACACGGGAAUGGUACUGCAGGCUCCCACUCAGGAUUCUGAGCAUCAGUCACAGAGAUGUCCUAAGGAAGUUCACAGACAGGCGUGAUGGGGAUGUCUGCCUGCUCUUUUUAAUCCCCAGGAUCAGGUAGGCAGCAGCACCGAAUAUGGAAUUUAUGCUUUUGGCUUUUUAUUGGAUAUUAGCCACAUCUGUCCUUCACAAAUCCUUCAGAUCUUUUUAAAAAGGCAUUUAUGCUAAUAGCCAUCUCAGCAUCUUGUAGCAAGGAGUUCCCAAGUUUGGUCUUGCUGCUCUAAAAAGAAUAUCUUCCUUUGGUUUUGCUUGUCAACCAACGCCUGUGGGGAAUUAUUUGACAUCCCAGGUUUUGUACUCGGGAAAGUGAACCAUCCACCCCUCUGCUCUUUCCACAGUGAUUUGAUAGCCUUUCCCGGACCUAUAAGCAAAGAGAGCAAAGAGCUCCAAAUGGCACGAGGAAGUGAUGUAAGCCACACUUUCUAAGGAAUAAAUGUUGGGGUUGAAGGCCUUGGCCUUCCUGUUGUUUCAGAGCCACUGGAUCCUUCAAAGACUUGCAGUUCUGGCCAUACAAAACAUUUGCUUCCAAUGCAAGUGAUCUCUCACAUAAAGAGGCCAACAUAAUGUGGACAGCAAUCUCUGAGAACUUUCCUGAGCCAGAACUCUGGGGGAAUGAAAAUCCUGUCUUUGCGACUGCCAAGUCAUGCCCUGUCCCCCACAACUUUACUAAAGUAUCAGCUCCAUGGUUUGGAGCAGCCUCAAAGAGGCGUUGACUGCUUGAUGCUGUGGAAGCUGACGCGUGUUGGAGAGGUGGGGAUGGACAUGGCCCUGGCUACGCGGGCACGGAUGGAGUGUUUGUCCUGCCACCGGUGCCAUCUUUUCCGUACCGCAGAGCGGACCUGGGGAGAAACAUCAACAAAUACCAAAAAAGGGUAAUUACCAAUGCCCUCCCUGCAAGGGGUGCCAGGUUAAAUGGAGAACAAGGAACCUGUGCCUUUCACAGUUGUUUUAGAAUAGGGGUGGGGAAUCUGUGGCCUUUCAGUUAUUGCUGAACUCCCAACUCCCAUCAUCUCGACCAUUGGCUAUGCUGAGAGCUGAGUCCAACCACAUCUGGUUGCCCAUCGUGUUAGAGGGAAGCUUCAGCAGGUGGAAGGUUUUAUUUUUUGUUGACAGUGGUAGAAGGAGCUGUAGGUAUUGAAAAUCUCCUUUCUACCGGGGGGCGGGGGGGGGCGGCCGACACACGCACACACACACAGCACAACAUGACAUUCUUCAAUGGGAAAUGGAUUGGUCAUAAAAAAUCCAGGGAUACAGAAAUUCUAUCAUCAUUUUCCUGAUAGCUUUCCACCAGUAGGGAUAUUGUCAUGGGGGCAGUUUGUACCAGAUCUCAUGCAGAAGCUCCACUUCUGCUGUCAUCCUAUUACUCUUAAGUUUGAGGUUUCAUUCCUUUCUGCUUCAGGGUGAUCAGUCUCUGCCCAGAGUAAUCGCUUUCACCUCCGUACCACCCCCCUGAUCUGGCGAUUCUUCUGUUUUUUGAAAGACUACACAAGAGUUGGUCAGCAUGCAAGAUGAGAUCCAGCAGACCACCAUCUACCCACUCAUUCCCCCGCCCUGGCUCACCUCGCUGUUCAGGAAGCAGUAGAAAACGGAGACAAAAAAGCCCUGAUUAGAGAAGAACAGAACACAGUCAAACACUGGGGGGGGGAGAGAGAGAGAAAUAGCCACAGCCUUUUACCCUGUGUUUCCUAUGAUUCCUAUAGGGCAUGUCCAGUGGUUGAUUUCCUUUUUAAAAAUUGACAAGUGCUGGGGCUCAACUCUGAUCUGUAAACCUUGUUUUAUAAUCCAAGAUGUUUGGGAGAUGGCCUGUGGUUAACACAGGCACAGAGUAGGAGGGAAUGAGAUACAAGCUUCACAUAUUCAACAGCACACUGUCACUACUUUGCAUGCUCUGGAGCUCAGUAUUGUCUCUGCAAACAGGUUUCCUAGCUGAGCCCUAAGAGGAGGAGGCUGCUGAGCUUAUUAGUUGGAAAAAUGGGGGUGAGGGCUCCUUUCUUUGUGGGGAAGGGGAACAUGAAAUGAUCCCUGGAGCUGGGUGUGUACCAGUUUUGCUAUAGUCUAAACAAAACAGAUUCAAUUGCACUUUUCCCAUUUGAAAUUCAACCUUUGAGAGAUAAUCUUAAGCCUUGCUAGUGAGUUUGAAGGCAGUAACGUUAUGUUUACUCUGCCAAUUUUUACACCUUCCAUAUAUCAUGGUGUGUGUUUUCACUUUCUUUCUAAAACCUUUAAAUAUUCAACAGGAUCUAUUAUCUGAAAUGCUAAUUGGGGGGGAUGCUAACUAAAAGACUACAUUAAAUAGUACAUAAAUACAUUUCAAUUAUUGCAAACAAUUUCAAGGUAGAAGAUUCUAUUUGAAUUCUAUACUCCCAGCCCCAAAUUCAUUUCAGCUCUAGUUCCUAUGAGGUUUUCCAUACCUGGAAGGAUUCCAAGACAGAGUUGAAGUAGAUGAA